AUGAGCGACUUAGCGUUGUCAAAGAUUGGUGGCCUAAUAAAAGCACCAGAAGAUCUUAGUAAACUAGAUGACAUUCGUCAACAAUUUGCAAAAGAAAAGUCUGCUGUUGACAUCAAGCUUUCAACAACUACUGAUGUUCAAAUUACUUCGAUUAAUAACAACUUGUCACAAUUGAAUCAAACCAUAUCGAGCUUAGAGGAGAUCAAGGGGGGUAUAUCUAAGUUUCAGAAUACUUAUGAUGAGUCAGUGACCUCGAUCAAAGACUAUGACCUCAUUGGUAAAAUGAUUUCAACCAACCAAUAUUUGAACCAAGUCACCAGUUUGUAUCAAGACAUUAGAGGGUUGAGGAGCAUCUUGGAUGCAUUGAACCAUGACAUUAUAGCUGAAACGGGGAUGUUGCGGGAUGACUUGAGAUACAAUUUGCCUAACAUACUAAUAAUUCAUUACCGCUAUACACAAAUUCGUAACUUUGCCGAUUACCUCGAAAAUUAUUCACAAUCCUUGUCGGACGAUUUGCAGUCAAUUGUGUACAACAUCACGUCUCCUGUGAGAGAGACCAUUAGGUUAUUUGAUGAAUUAUUGACUGAAUGUAUUAUUUCAAUCACAGAGGCUACAAAGGAUGACAACUUUGAGAUUUUGUACAAAGUUGUUACUAUUGUGUUGUGGGAAGACAAGGAAGACACCAAACUCAGUGUAAUGAAAAAUUUGGACUUGAUCAAGAAUGACAUGAACAAAAGCUACAAUGGCUUCCGAAGCAAAAGACGGAAUUACAAAAAGUUCUUUUUUGAAAAAUUCAAGUUGUUUUUUGAAGACACUUUCAACUCGUGUGUUGAUCACUACCAAAACGAUAGGAUUGGAUUAUACGACAACUUGCAUUGGCUUGAAGAUGAGCUCACAUUUGUGUAUAAAUAUUUGUCACCACUAUUGCCAAAAGAUUGGCAGUUUGGAGAAUUUACGGAAAAGGUCUUCUACGACAAAUUACACCAAUACACUAUGGACAUGAUCAACCAUGAACCGCCGGCAGAGGAUAUAUUGAGGGUAUUGCUGUAUGAUAAGAGGUUUGGUGACUAUCUGAAACAGCUCGAUGGAUCAGCCAAGUCUAUAAUUGGUGACGAUUUGAAGGAGACCGUAUUGGAUGAUUAUUUGCGAAAUAUAACCAACAAGAUGAAAGAAUGGAAUGAUAGCUUGAUUAAGCAGGAGACGACUUACUUUACAGAGCGAUUAAAGGCACCUGAUGUGUAUCCGUUUGAGCAGAUUGUUGAGGAAGAAGAAGGACCUAAUAACAUUGUGGAAAUGACGGUGCAAAUUCAAGCAUAUGUUUUGCCCGACUUCAAAACUCCAUUGAAUAUGUUAAAACAGCAGGCAGAUGUGGCGGCAGAAUCAGGUUACUCCAAGAUUUUAGUAGAAGUUAUUGAGAGUUGGUGCAAUGCAUAUAUCGCCAGGGUGGAAAACUUCCAAGUGGUUCUUGAUGAGGAGAUGGACAGAUAUUUUACUGUCUUUAGUAAUGAGAAGUUUCUCAUCAAGGAAAGCAAAGCUAAGAGGUUGUUUAAGAAGAGACCAACCGUUGUCAACGUAGACGAGUUAAGUCCUGAAGAGCAACUGAAUAUUUCAAGGCCUGGUAUACUUGAAUACUUUGGCGCAUUGGCAAAUUCCUUCGAGAUUAGUGGUGAGAGUAUGACAAGCAAGUUUAUUAACACAUACAAGGAGAAAGUACACACAAACUAUCAUGUCAAAAUCUCGCAAGCAUUUGAAAGCGCGAUUUCUUCGUCUGAAUCAUUGAAUUCGGAAAUAUGCAUAGCCAUUAGUAACAUCAUCAUCAAUGAUUUGUAUGUUAUAAUGUGCAAUUUAUUUACAAAAAAAUGGUUAGAAGAUGGUAUGAAGCAAACAGGGGAUGCAAUGAUGGCCACAUUGAUGACUGACACAAUAGCUGAAUACAUGGGUGAAAUAAGGUGGUAUUGUAUUUACACAAUCUAUCAGAGUUUGUUUCAAAUUUUCUUGGAUAAAUUUGUUUGCGCUUAUCUCAAGAUAGGAUUUGAGAACAUUUUAUAUGGAGAUGGUAAAAAGAUUAAUCCAGAAACUCAAGGUUACAAAUCGUUUGGCUCGAGAGCGCAAAAGGAUGCAGAAUUAUUAUUCGAAGGGUUGGAGAACCUAUUUACAAAUAAAGACAGGAGGUAUCUAUUCUCGACAUUAUCAGCAAUUGACUUUCUAGGUGACUUGGCAAUGUGUCCCGAUCCAAUGGACUUUAUUCCAAACUUUUGGAAGUACAAGAUACUUCCUGUAUUUUACAACUGUUCAACUGAUUAUAUCAAAGCUGUGGUGCUUUGUAGGAAGGAUAUGGAUAAGAAUCAAUGGAGAACCUUGGAGCCCAUAUUGGAGGAUAUAAAGGCCAAAUAUCAUGAGGAAGUUGAACCACCUGAAUUUCCUGUAUUGACUUUGGAUGAUUUUGACUUUAAGGUAUAG